GCGCAGGGAGGUGCGGUCCUUCCCGGGCGGUGCUGUCCCUCCCUGUCCCUCCCCGUCCCUCUCGGGGCGCGGUCCGGCGCUGCCCGGCCAUGCGGGCGGGCUGAGCGGCUCCGCCGCCGCCUGUCCCGGCCGAGGAUGGCUUCCAGUUUCAACGACAUCGUCAAGCAGGGCUAUGUGCGCAUCCGGAGCCGGCGGCUGGGGAUUUACCAGAGAUGCUGGCUGGUGCUGAAAAAGGCUUCAAGCAAAGGGCCCAGGAGGCUGGAGAAGUUCUCAGAUGAACGAGCUGCUUACUUCAGGUGCUACCACAAGGUCACAGAGCUCAAUAACGUGAGGGAUGUCUCCAGGCUGCCCAAAAGCACAAAGAAACACGCUGUGGCCAUUUAUUUCAGUGAUGACACCUCCAAAACCUUUGCUUGUGACUCAGAGCUUGAGGCAGAUGAGUGGUGCAAGGUGCUGCAGGUGGAGUGCCUGGGAACUCGGAUUAAUGACAUCAGCCUUGGAGAGCCUGACUUGCUGGCAUCUGGAGUAGAGAGGGAGCAGAGUGAGAGAUUCAAUGUGUAUUUGAUGCCAUCCCCUAACUUAGAUGUGCAUGGGGAAUGUACCUUGCAGAUAACAGCUGAGAACAUCUACCUUUGGGACAUCCAGAACCCCAGAGCCAAGCUGCUCUCGUGGCCGCUCAGUGCCCUGCGGCGCUACGGGCGCGACCCAGCCUGCUUCACCUUCGAGGCUGGCAGGAUGUGUGACACAGGAGAGGGGCUCUUCAUCUUCCAGACCAGGGAGGGGGAAGCCAUCUACCAGAAGGUGCACUCAGCUGCCCUGGCCAUAGCAGAGCAGCACGAGAGGCUGCUGCAGAGUGUCAGGAAUUCCAUGCAGCUGAGCAGGAGCGAGCGGGCGCUGUCGCUGGGCGCCGUGCUGCCGCUGCCCCGCAGCGCCUACUGGCACCACAUCCAGCACAGCCCGGGGCUGCUGGGGCUGACAGGUGUUUCCAGCCCUGUGAAGCUCCAGUGCACAGACAGUUUUCCAACCUGCAGGUCAGAGCAUUGAUGGAAAUCCUGGAGGAAUUACAAACUCCUUGUCCUCUGACCAACUGCCCCAGUGGUGACAACCCAGGGUGGAAACACAGAGAAGUUCAGGUUGGAUGAACAAUUCUUGCCAUACAAAGGAUUUUUUUAAACUGUGCCAGAAGCAGAAACUCUAGUGUGGAUACUGGGGAGAGGAACCAAGCCACCAAACCCUCUGGUGUAAUUUUAUAUCUUACAGCUGGACAGAGAAGAAGUCACUCCCUAAACAUUUCCAGAUUUUGUAUGAUAGGAAUGUUGUAAAUACAUGAGAUUUUUGCUGUAGUGUGCUUGUUUUGUCUCCUGACACUGCUGCUUUGUGGCAAUGCUUAUCUUUACUUAUUCCCAUUAUUGUUCCCUGUUCCUCAAACCUGGAGUGGUGGCCAGUUUGAAGCAGCUCUUGGAUACAAUUGUUCCUAUUUGAAGGCUUGAUUGAUUUCUUUUAAAAGAAUCUCCUCUUUCCUGUAUUUAUUUCCAUCUCUGUAAACAUUG